AUGGCUUGUGAAGAGAUACAGACGAUAAAUUUAGACGAUGUCCUUGGCAAAUUUGGUAUCUUCAGCCCGUACCAUCUACAGCUGAUGAUGUUGCUUGGUUUGGCCUAUGCCUCUAAUACUGCCUUCUCAUCGAACUAUAUCUUUGCUGCCGAGGAAGUUGGAUACAGAUGCGCAGAUGAAUCUUUCAUUAACAACACUUGUGGAGCCAUCAACUCAACAACGUGCACAAGAUGGGUUUACGAUAAACCUAACAGUUUUGUAGCUGAAUUUCAGUUGGCAUGUCAAGAUUGGAAGAGAACGUUUGUGGGGACAGUACAUAGCCUCGCGUAUAUGGUUGGUCUAUUAUUGGUUGGCCCAUUAUCUGACAAAGUUGGCAGGAAGCCCAUGAUCGUAAUAACUGGAGUUCUUGGCGGUAUUCUCGGUGUAGCCCGGAGUUUUGUCACUUCAUACUGGAUGUACAUAUUGCUAGAAUUCCUGGAAUCUGCCUUCGGAGAUAUUUGCUCGCCGGCUUAUAUUUUGAAUGUUGAAAUUGUUAGCAAUAGGAAACGAGUACCUUACUUUAUGAUAACUGGUAUCGGAUUCUGCGUAGGUGCUGUAUACAAAGCUUUAAUAGCUUGGCUAGUUCCUGACUGGCGCAAUUUCUUGAGAGUACUGUACUCACCAGCAUUAUUAUUCUUCUUUUACUUAUUCCUGCUAGAUGAAAGCCCAAGAUGGUUGUUAAUAAAAGGAAAGAAAUCAGAGGCGGUGAAAGUUAUAGAAAAUUUAACAAAAAAGAAUAAAGUAAAACUUGAAGAAAAGGUUCUUGAUAACAUUACUUGUGAAACGGACAAAGAUGAAAACAUCAAAUUUUCAGCCGUAUUAAGGAGCACAUUUAGCUCUCCAACUUUAAUUCAAAGAUUCAUGAUAUGUGUUGUGUGGUGGACUACUUCGACACUUGUUAACUACGGUAUGUCUAUCACAUCAGUGUCAUUGCAGGGAGACAAAUACGCGAACUAUGCCUUGGUAGCUAUGGCUGAAGUCCCAGGAACUUUCAUAGCAAUGUACAUACUAAUGAGGUAUAGGAGGAAAUAUCCUUUAAUUGCGUCAUUUUUAGCAGCUGGAGUAUUCUGCAUAGGGCAACCUUUUUUACCCACAAGUUUAACCUGGCUCUCAAUAACAAUGUUUAUGGCUGGAAAGUUGUUGGCAUCUUUAUACUUCGCCAUAACAUACAUAUACACAUCAGAGUUGUUCCCUACUUACACGAGAAACUCAAUGCACGCUCUUUGCUCUUCUCUUGGUAGGAUCGGCUCCAUUGUUGCACCACAAGCUCCACUUUUGACUGUCUACUGGGAAGGUCUUCCUUCAUUAAUAUUUGGUAUUGUAUCAAUAAUAGCAGGACUAUUGACAUUUUUUGUGUCUGAUGUUGCUGACAUUUCGUUACCGGAUACAGUUAAAGAAGCUGAAGCCAUUGGAGUCAUAGAAGGCGGUGAAACAAAACAUAGAAUACCUUCUAAUACAAUUUUAAAACCAAAUAAUGAAGUGUCUAAAGAUUUAAGGCUAAAACAUUUUGGCCUUGAGUAUAAAGAAGCAAAAUAA